UCAGUAUUUAAAGAGAUUAUUAAGUCAUAACACUUACCUUCCAUCCGUUUGAGCUGAUAUAAACCAAAUUACGUUUACUUACACCGAAAAUAUCAGGAAACCGCCCUUUUUAUCAUCACUGACAAACAGUUAAAUCUAUGACUGUGCUUUUGGUAUUUAUGAGACACGACUUAUCAGCCGAUUUUCAGUAAAUAAACAGUAAAUACCUGUGACUAUGAAUAGUACUUUUAUACCGGUAUAAAUAUGAUGUUUCGUGACAAACUCGUCAUAGUCGGUGCAGUAAUUAUAACAAGAUGAAGUCCCUUUUCGUUAUUUUAGAGACGGUUACAUUAGUGUUAGUGGUUAACGGAAUUGACACAACUCCAAAGAACACUUUAGAGGAGAAUCUGUUAACUCUACUGACGAAAUGGAGAGCCGGGGAAAGAGGACCAUUUUCAUUUCCACUCCCUUCGCUCGAUGAAAUUAACAUACCAGCGGUAAACGGAAAUUAUGAUGGAUAUGGAGUGAGAAUAUCAUACGAAACGACUCAGCUCAAGCUGGUUGGUUUGAAGAAUUUCUCUGUCGAGGCGCUGGACGCAUCUGAAGCCAGCCUGAAGGCCUCCGGGACCAUCACUAUACCGAUCCUUACUCUUAGUGCAGAUAAAUACACAGUAAAAGGAAGAGCUUUAGUGUUUAUUCCUGUUAACGGGUCAGCAUUAAUUUUGGAACAAACCAGUUAAAAUUUUCGAUUCGACUCCAAAGUAACAGUUCGGACACCUGGGUAGACUCUUUGCAAUUGGCGUUUCAAGUGGGCAGCA